AUGGAGCUGGCUCUCCUCACCGACUUGUACCAGUUCACCAUGGCGUACGGUUACUGGCGGAGCGGGCGGCACAGGGAGGCAGCGGAGUUCGAGCUCUUCUUCCGGGAUGCGCCGUUCCAGGGCGGAUUCACCAUUUACUGUGGCCUGGAGGAGAGUCUGAAUUUCCUGAAGGACUUCGGCUUUUCCCGCGCAGAUACGAAGUACCUGCGCUCAGUGAUGCCAAGGACGGUGGAGGAGGGGUUUUUCCAUUAUCUGGAGACUGUAGAUGCGGCGGAGGUGACUGUGACCUCAUUCCCGGAGGGAUCGGUUGUAUUUCCUAGAGAGCCAUUGAUGAAGGUGAGGGGUCCCCUCCUGGUGGUCCAGCUGCUGGAGACCACACUGCUGUGCUUGGUGAAUUACGCCAGCCUUGUUGCCACAAACGCUGCUCGCUUCCGCUUGGCUGUCGGCCCUGAAAAAAGGUUGCUGGAAAUGGGUCUUCGGAGGGCGCAGGGACCAGACGGAGGGUUGUCCGCCUCGAAGUAUUCCUACGUGGGAGGCUUUGAUUGCACCAGCAAUGUCUUGGCAGGAAAGAGAUUCGGCAUCCCCGUGGCCGGUACCGUGGCUCACUCUUACGUGACUUCUUUCUCCUCUAUAGAUGAAGUACAGCGCUCGGCUCUGCAGCCAGCAGGCGGCCAGGGAAAGGAGGUGGACUUCCUUGAGCUCUCUCGGACGUGUUUGGAGAAAGUGUGCCAGCUCUUGAAGAGGCCUCCGCACAGCACAAACACAGGCGAACUGGCGGCUUUCAUAUCCUACGCCAUCGCUUUCCCUCUAAGCUUCCUAGUAGUGGUGGAUACCUACAGUGUCAUGAUGAGUGGUGUACCCAACUUCUGUGCAGUGGCCCUGGCAUUACAUCAGCUCGGGUACAGGGCGGUUGGCGUUCGGCUGGACAGCGGAGACCUGGCCAGGCAGUCUGUGGAGAUUCGCAAAAUAUUCAGACUCUGUGCAGAGAGAUUUGAUGUUCCAGCUUUAGAAACCUUGUCCAUUGCUGUCAGUAACAACAUCAGUGAAAAAAGCCUGAAGCUCCUGAGCAGGGCGGAGAAUGAGAUUAACGUGAUUGGCGUUGGCACCCACCUGGUGACGUGUACCCUUCAGCCCUCCCUGGGCUGCGUCUACAAGCUGGUGCAGGUGAACGAUCAGCCCCGGAUGAAGCUCAGCGAGGACCAGGAGAAGGCGACAAUUCCAGGGAGCAAAACCAUCUACAGGCUGUAUGACGGUUCUGGUAAGUUCUAG